CGGGAAGGAAGGAUUCGAAGUCGGAGAAAAAAGAGCGAAAAAGCGCUUGGAAUUCUGAGGUGGACGUCCUAAUUCAAUGCAAUUAUGGCAUCGCGAACGUCAGAAUACACCAUUGGUGGUGUAAAAAUUCUCUUCCCUUGUAAGGCUUAUCCAUCGCAACUUGCUAUGAUGAAUGCAAUUGUGAAGGGGUUGAGCUCCAAGCAACACUGCCUGCUAGAGAGUCCCACUGGAAGUGGAAAAAGCUUGGCGCUGCUCUGUUCUGCUCUGGCCUGGCAGCAGUCACUCUAUGAAAAACCACUGGAUGACUUGUGCUCAAAAGAAUGCAAGAAGACCGAGGCUUUGAAACUCUGCCGAUGCCCGUGCCAUGCUCAUACAUGGUCCAGUCAGGAUCCAGAAGGAGGCUGCCAAACCACAUCUUCUUUCUUCCCCAGCCAUGCAACAGAGACCUCAUCAGGCGGUGGAAGUAGCUCCACCAGCAAAGAAAGCGUCUCGCGCAUUACGUUGGCUUCAAAACUGUCUGCCAAACACCAAGCCUCAUUCCACGAAGAAGAUGACAGUGACAACGAUUUUAAAGUGGAAAGGAAGAGGAUCCGUCCACUCGAAACGGAGCAGCAGGCGAGAAAACGACACCGGCUGACCUCAGGAACCCAACUAACGGACGCUUCAGAAGUUCACGAACAGCGAAAAAAUGGGGAAUUGACAGUGACUCUCGGAAAAACUGAGCCUCCCUCACGUAAAACAACUGAUUGA